CUAAACUCUUGGUAUUUUUGUUACAUUAUACAUCAAAUUCAUUGGAAUAUUAUUGCCCAAACAAUUUAAAUUUAAGUCCAUUCAUUAAAAUUUUCUUUUUUGAAAACAAAGAAAAUAAACAUAGAAGAGGAAAACAUGGUUGUUUGUGUUCUAUCAUGUCUUUCGUUCCCCCAUUCAUCUCUCUCAACGCCAAACCUCAAAUCUAGGACCAUCUAAAAUCUAAAUUCCCCCUUCAUAAACUUGACAAAUCCAACCACCAAAAGAAAACAAAUAACGGACUCACGACAUUUUCCCGUUCUUCAAUCUUCCCAAGUCCAUUGCAAUGUCCGCCUCAGUUCCCGCCGCCCUCCCUAUCUCCGGUACCGAACCCGUCGAAACCCAGCCACCCGUCGCCAUCUCUGCAUUUCGCGCUUUCCUUUCCCGCCUUAAUGAUUCCCUACGCAACAGCCUCUCAGAGCGCCGUCCUUGGCCUGAACUUGCUGACCGGUCCACCUUCUCCAAGCCGGAAUCUUUCUCCGACGCUACCCUCCGUAUCCGCAAAAAUUACUCCUAUUUCCGAGUCAAUUAUUUGAUGGUCAUUGGCGUCACCCUUGCAUUUUCGCUUAUUUUCCACCCAUUCUCCCUUCUCCUCCUUCUAGGGCUUCUCUUCUCUUGGAUCAUCCUUUACCUCUUCCGCCCUGCCGAUCAGCCUCUUAUCAUCUUCGGUCGCACCUUUUCCGACCGUGAGACCCUUGGGAUCCUUGUCAUCUUCAGUAUCUUUGUGAUUUUCCUCACCUCUGUUGGAUCUCUUAUCAUUUCCGCUAUUAUGCUUGGGUUUGGUCUUGUUUGUGCUCAUGGCGCCUUCAGAGCUCCCGAUGAUCUCUUCUUGGAUGACGAAGAACCAGCAGCCACCGGUUUCUUGUCCUUCAUCGGUGGCGCUGCCUCGAAUGCCGUUACCGCCACGGUUCCUACUAUUUCUAACACACGUAUAUGAACCUUAUUCAAUGAUCAACAUAUCUAAAUCUUGUCCACAAAGAUAAUACAUUAUCGCUUCAUUUGUAAUUGAUUCAGUUCUCAGUUCUUUUUAGAUAACAACUUCACCGUUUUAGCCAUCAUUUUUUCCGAAGGAUGGGUGUUUGGUACUCGCACUGUAAUUUCCUAUUUAUUUUAUAAACAGCUUUAAAAGAUUGUGGUGAUUCUUUUUAUAA